UUUUUGCUUGUAUCACGUGAUCGGUAAUUUACAGAGGCCGAUGAGCCGAAGCAGGAUAUUGGACCACCGUGACCAUCAUGACACGUUUACAAACGUCAACAUUGAGAUGAUCGAGAGGGUAAGUUUAUGUUUGGUAAGAUAGCCUGUGAUACUAAGAAGAGGUCCAAAGUAAUUAACUAAGGAAUCCACAAUGACUAAAGAAUUAAUAAUGACUGAGGAAAAGCCAAGGCGUUGUUCUGGUUUGUUCAGCAUCCGUACUUGUAUUUACAUACUCGCAGGGCUAUCCAUUAUUGUUCUGAUUAACAUGCUCAAUGCUAACAAUCAUUUGACUUCACUGAUCCUGCUUUCCAAGCAACUUAGAGAUGGGUUCAAACAGUUUGUGAACUACAAUAGCAGUUCUGAUAUGCAACAUGAUGGUCAGAGCAAUUCUUAUAUAAUUACAGCAAUUCAAUCCGGAUCAGGCAGCACCGUUUCAGGAUUAACCCCAGGCAACAGGGUCACACCCCAGAAAACGAUUCAGACUCGCAAAACCACUAUCAAACCAACAACUUUAAAAGUAACUACAAAAGCUCAGCCAGCACAGCCAACCCCGAGACCUGAUGAUUGUAAAUUCUGCUUUGAACACAACUUCAAAUAUGUCAUAGAUAAUGAACAUAUAUGUGACUCUGGAGAUGGCAAGAGUAAUGUGGAGAUAAUUGUCCUUAUUCUGACCGUGCAUGCUAACAGAGAAGCAAGAGACACUCUCCGUCAAACCUGGCUAACUCCAACCAAAAACAACACAUCUGACAUUAGAUACGCAUUCCUACUAGGCAACACAAAAGAUCAAAAUCUCCAGAAAAAAGUGGAAGCUGAAAACACAAUUUUCCAUGAUAUCCUCCAAGAGGACUUUGUUGAUGCAUAUAUGAAUCUGACAUACAAGACCAUAAUGGCUUUCAAGUGGGCAAGCACUAAGUGUAAACAGGCAAAGUUUGUAAUGAAGACAGAUGAUGAUAUGUAUGUCAAUUUAGAAGGAGUGAAACACGUGGUAUCUGUUCACGGGAAUAGCCUUCAGACUGCUGUGGGAGGAGCUUGUCAUAUGUCUGCUGGACCAAUCAGAGACAAAAAUUCUAAAUGGUAUGCAUCAAAGUUAAGUUAUCCAAGGAAUACUUAUCCAGGUUUUUGCUCUGGGACAGGCUAUGUUACAAGUAUGAAUGUGGCUACAAAGAUUUAUGAAACUUCAAAGAAUGUUCCUUUCUUUCACUUGGAAGAUGUUUAUGUUGCUCUGUGUAUCAAGAAACUGGGUUACAAACUGAAACCUAUCGCAGGAUUUAACUCUGGCCGUACACCACCGGGUUGUGCAUACAAGACAAAGAACGUUGUGACAUCGCAUUACAUGGGUUUGCCAUUGAUCAGAAAGAUGUGGAACUUGAAAUGUUAAAAUGUGAUUGUUACAAAUCUAUAAAUCCUUGUUUGUCUUGCUUGUGAGACAGAAGACAGCAUUGAGAAAAAAGAUCUUUAGAAAUCCGCUGAUACAUUUUAAGAAAUCCUUACUGAUAUAAAUAACAUGAUUGAAAUUCCAAAACAACCCUUUACAACCAUUUUGUUUUAUUUUUUUAAAUGUGCACUUGUUUGAUAUUGCUUUCUGACCACCCUCAUUUGAAAUCCACAUUUUUAUUGUAAUUAUCCACCAUUUGUGUACCCUGUGUUUUAGACAUUGUAGUUUUUCUUUAUAUUCAUUUCAUACUUUUUUGUGAUUUUACCAUGUUUACAUGAUAGACAUAAUAAAACAUACCCUUUUCCACAUCACAUCCUGUAUCAGCUCUUGACGAAUAUAUAUCAGCCCUUGGGCCUUUGGCCCCCUAGCUGAUAUUGGCAUUUCAGGCUGAUACAGGAUGUUAUAUGGGUGUGUAUUAUCGUCUAUUUAUAUAUGUGUAUAUUCUGUAAUCAAUGUUUUAUACUUUGAUUUUUUUAAUUUGAAAUCCUGACACAAAUUAAUUUUUAUUGUUAAAAACAAAAUGGUGAUGUUAAUUUUGUAAUACUUCAUACAGUAUACACAUGCAAUGACUUUCAAUACAAUUUUCUUUCCAAUCUGAUUAAUUUAGGAUAAAAAAUGCAUUCUUUUUCUUUUAUUUUUUUAUCUUUUUUUAGUAUGUUUACAACAAAUACUGAAUUUUUAAACAAUACUGAAAUCAGUACAGUGUAGUUUUGAAAUGGUGUGAAUUUUUUUAAUUCUUAAAGGAUUAAAUUUACAAUAGCAGAAUUAAUUUAUCCAAAGAAUAUACCUACCUUAUUUAUAUAAGCUUAGCUACUUAAUUUAAGCCAAAUAUUUUGAUUGAAAUUGUCAAGAGUUCAUUUGUCUGUUAAUAAUUUUUUGAACAUUAUGUUUCUCUCCACAUUUUUUAAACUCAAAAUACCACAAAGCUGGAGGAUUAAGUCAUUAAGAUGAAGCAAAUGUCUAUACCAGGUACUUGAUUUUUGCAGCUGUUCAAGUACCAGUUUAUAUAUCUCAGUCUAUGAAUUUGCUCAGGCACAUUGAGAUAGCUAAUUUUAACCUAAAAUUUUCUCCAGAUUUGGUACAAAUGAUUCCUAGUUGAAAUGGGAUUCUAAGUUGUUAUAAUGAAGGGCCAAGCCAGCCCUGAGAAGAUGAAAGUUAAGUGGAAUCUUUCUUAGCUAAUUCAGAUUAUAAAUUGUUCAAAAAAUCAUGGUCCCCAGGAGUAGGAAGGGUCACAUUUAAGUUUUACAUAGGAAUACAUAAGAAAAAUCUCAAGAACCAUUAGAAGAGGAAAGAUGAAAAUUAUGUCAAAGCUUCCUAGAGUAAUGUUGAAAUAUCAUGGCCUCUAGGGGUCACAUAGGACCACAAUAUGAAUCAUGUUUUAUAUGAAAUAAGAAACCUUUAAAAAUCUUUUUCUCAAGAAUUAACCACCAUACCAGAAAAGAUGUAAUCCAGAUGAAAGCUCCUUGAGGCAGUAUAGGUUCAGAUCAUGCUUGUAAGGGAUAGGAUGAGUCCAUAUUACAUAGUUUACACAAGUAAAAAUCUUAAAACUCUUCUAGAGCAAAUCCAGUGAUGAACUGCACAUUUGAGUGGAAGCACCCUCUGAUAGUGUAGAUUUAGUUUUAUUCAAAUCACACUAUAUGGUGGGACCAAAGAUGGCUUAAUGUGACUUGGGUGAGUGUUGUGGCCCUAAAUGUCUCUUGUUGGAGAUUGUAAUUAAGUUGUUAAUACAAUGAGCUCUUUGCAGAAUGAGUCUAUCUCAGCCAUUAUUUUAUACCAAAUUAAUUUUUUUUUCAAAAUGAUAUAUACAUGUAUUUUCAUAUAGCAUUACAUAAUGUUAUCUUUAUGCUUUGUUGUAUUUGGAUUUAAAGAUGAAUUAAUUUAGAAAUGCUUUUUGUUCA